GCUGUCGCGGGCUGGGGCGGUUGGGCUGGCGGCUGAGGCUGGUGGCCAUGGAGUGGGGUUACGAGUCGGCUGCUGUGAGGCGGCACCGCGUCGGAGGGGAGCGUCGGGAGGGACCCGCGGACGCGCCGCCGCCGGAGAGGGAGGCCCCGGAGCAGGAGCCCCUGGUGGAUGCGUGCGGCGGCAGGGGCGGCGCGAGGACGCGGAAGAGGAGCCCGGGGGGUAGCGGCGGCGCGAGCCGGGGCGCGGGGACCGGGCUGUCUGAGGCGCGCGCCGCGCUGGGGCUCGCGCUCUACCUGCUCGCUCUGCGGACGCUCGUGCAGCUGUCGCUGCAGCAGCUCGUGCUGCGCGGGGCCACUGGCCGCCACGGGGAGUUCGACGCGCGCCAAGCCAGGGAUUAUCUUGAACACAUAACAUCUAUUGGCCCCAGGACUACAGGAAGUCCAGAAAAUGAAAUUCUGACAGUGCACUACCUUUUGGAACAGAUUAAACUGAUUGAAGUGCAAAGCAACAGCCGUCACAAGAUUUCAGUAGAUGUACAACGGCCUACAGGUUCUUUUAGCAUUGACUUUUUGGGAGGUUUUACAAGCUACUAUGACAACAUCACCAAUGUUGUGGUAAAGCUGGAACCCAGAGAGGGAGCCCAGCAUGCUAUCCUGGCUAACUGUCAUUUUGACUCAGUGGCAAACUCACCAGGUGCCAGUGAUGAUGCAGUUAGCUGUUCAGUGAUGCUGGAAGUCCUUCGCGUCUUGUCAACAUCUUCAGAAGCCUUACAUCAUGCCAUCGUGUUUCUCUUUAAUGGUGCUGAGGAAAAUGUCUUGCAAGCCAGUCAUGGUUUUAUUACUCAGCACCCCUGGGCCAGCUUGAUUCGUGCAUUUAUUAACUUGGAGGCAGCGGGUGUAGGAGGGAAAGAACUUGUAUUCCAAACAGGUCCUGAAAAUCCUUGGUUGGUUCAAGCUUAUGUUUCAGCAGCUAAACACCCUUUUGCUUCUGUGGUGGCUCAGGAGGUUUUUCAGAGUGGAAUCAUUCCUUCAGAUACUGACUUCCGUAUCUAUAGGGAUUUUGGGAACAUUCCAGGAAUAGACUUAGCUUUUAUUGAGAAUGGAUACAUUUAUCACACCAAGUAUGACACAGCGGACAGAAUUCUAACAGAUUCCAUUCAGAGAGCAGGUGAUAACAUAUUAGCAGUUCUUAAAUAUCUAGCUACGUCUGAUAUAUUGGCUUCUUCUUCUAAGUAUCAGCAUGGAAACAUGGUCUUCUUUGAUGUGCUUGGUUUGUUUGUCAUUGCCUACCCCUCUCGUAUUGGCUCAAUAAUAAACUACAUGGUGGUAAUGGCUGUUGUUUUGUACCUGGGCAAAAAAUUGUUGCAGCCCAAACAUAACACUGAUAACUACAGGAAGGACUUCUUGUGUGGACUUGGCAUCACUCUGAUUAGCUGGUUCACCAGCCUUGUUACCGUUCUCAUUAUAGCCGUGUUCAUCUCUCUUAUUGGACAGUCUCUGUCAUGGUAUAACCACUUUUAUGUCUCCGUUUGUUUGUAUGGAAGUGCAGCUGUAGCCAAAAUAAUAUUUAUACAUACCCUUGCAAAAAGAUUUUAUUACAUGAAUGCCAGUGACCAGUAUCUGGGAGAAGUAUUUUUUGACAUCUCGCUAUUUGUCCAUUGUGGUUUUCUUGUAACUCUCACUUACCAAGGACUUUGCUCAGCGUUUAUUAGUGCUGUCUGGGUGGCAUUUCCAUUGCUCACAAAGCUUUGCGUGCACAAGGACUUUAAGCUGCAUGGUGCCCAAGGAAAAUUUAUUGCUGUUUACCUUUUGGGGAUGUUUAUUCCUUAUCUUUAUGCAUUGUACCUCAUCUGGGCGGUAUUUGAGAUGUUUACCCCUAUCCUUGGGAGAAGUGGUUCAGAAAUCCCACCUGAUGUUGUGCUGGCAUCCAUUUUGGCUGGUUGUACGAUGAUUCUCUCUUCCUAUUUUAUUAACUUCAUCUACCUUGCCAAAAGCACAAAAAAAACCAUGCUAACUUUAACUUUGAUGUGUACAAUUACAUUCCUCCUUGUUUGCAGUGGAACUUUUUUCCCAUACAGCUCCAGUCCUGCUAAUCCAAAGCCAAAGAGAGUGUUUCUUCAGCACAUGACUAGAACAUUUCAUGACGUGGAAGGAAACGUAGUUAAACGGGACUCUGGAAUAUGGAUCAAUGGGUUUGAUUAUACGGGAAUGUCUCACGUAACACCUCACAUUCCUGAGAUCAAUGAUAGCAUCCGAGCUCACUGUGAGGAGAAUGCACCCCUUUGUGGUUUCCCAUGGUAUCUUCCAGUGCACUUUCUGAUCAGGAAAAACUGGUAUCUUCCUGCUCCAGAAGUUUCUCCAAGAAAUCCUGCUCAUUUCAGACUUAUAUCCAAAGAACAGACACCUUGGGAUUCUACAAAGUUGACCUUUGAAGCAACAGGACCAAGCCAUAUGUCAUUCUAUGUUCGAGCCCACAAAGGCUCAACACUUUCUCAGUGGUCUCUUGGCAAUGGCACUCCAGUCACAAGUAAAGGAGGGGACUACUUCGUAUUUUACUCCCAUGGACUCCAGGCCUCUGCAUGGCAGUUCUGGAUAGAAGUACAGGUCUCAGAGGAACAUCCUGAAGGAAUGGUCACUGUGGCCAUUGCUGCACACUAUCUAUCUGGGGAUGACAAGAGAUCCUCCCAACUGGAUGCUCUGAAGGAGAAGUUCCCAGAUUGGACAUUUCCCUCUGCUUGGGUGUGCACCUACAAUCUCUUUGUGUUUUAAUCUUGUGGACGAGCUCUAAGUACAUGCCCAUUGGAUCCUCCACGUGACAGUUUCUCCUUACGUUACGUGGAUGAUUGUAAUGUAAGUCAAUGAAUUUUAAUGAGCAUAUGUUCAAAGAGCUUUUUGGGUUAACACUCUUCAGGGCCAAGCACUAUUAGGGUUAAGCUGUGGAAUAAUGAUGCAUGGCCUUUUGACACUUGAAAAUGCCAGUUUUCUGGCACUUAAGCACAUGUGGGUACUGCCACUACACACAUCAUUUUUUGUGAUUUUAAGGACAAAAGCCAACAAACCACUCAAUAGCUAUCCCUCUAGGAUCAUGAAAGAUGUCAACUGUCAGAGCAUUGUUAAUGAGCAAAACCAUUUGUUGUGUCAGUGGAUGGUGAGGAAAAUAUUGUUCACUGGGGUAAUGAUUCCCCUUGAGAUCUACCUCUGUGUAGGUCAUUGGCAAAUGAUUGCCAUAACGAUUGAGGAAGCAGCUUUGGAGUGUGGUUGUGUCCCUGUACUGAAGCCUGGGCCCCUGAUGUGGACCCCUGUGCUGAGCUGGUGAGUCACUGUCCUGAGGAUCCAUCUCAUGGUCGCUGAGAUCCAUCGCUGUGCUGCUUUCCCGAGGUGGUUUUUCAAUGCCUGUUCUCUGAAACUUGUCUGUUCCACCUCUCCACUCUCCCAAUUUGAAGAGGAACAUUUGGCCACAUUUCCUGCUAGGCUUUCAUAGGUUCUUUUGGUUCAGAGUAUUGUUUGUGCAAGUGUAUGUCCUUAACUUCCUUCCUCAGAGCACUGAGUUGCCACUUUGGCUAUUCUGGGGUUGAAGGAGGGUUGGGAGUAAAUAUUUAUUCUCCUUGCUUUAUUCAUACAGGGUUAAUCCUUUAUGACAUAAUUUUAUUGAUGCACUGGGUUCUCCUCCUCUUUGUUUUCCAUCCAGUUGAAUAGUUUCUUAGUAACUUACUGUCCAGAGGGGCUGGCAUUCCUGAGAGUUGAGGGUGUGGCUUGUACUGGAAUGAGAUGGUGUUCAGAUCCUGCAUAAUGGCAGCACGAGGACUUAAAGGUGGUUUUCAUUUUGAAGAUGGGCAUGUAGCUUGUGAGGUGUACCAUAGCAGCACCUCAUGUGGCUUCUUGGUUCCAGCAGUGAGAGGGUUUGGAGAGACCAGCAGUAAACUAUGCUAAGAUUUUUUUGUUCCAUUAGGAAAUGUAAAAAGUUCAACAAAUUGAGUUUAACAAGCAUAGGCAAAAAACAGGUAAAAGAAAAGCAAUAGUAAAAAAGUUAGCUAGACUUCUUGAGUGAAUGGAAUGAGGAAUGCUUCUUGAAAAGUGGCCCUUGGAUCUGUCUGAACAGAAGGAGCACAGUAAGUAUGUAUUGCAGGAGGAAACUUUCUUGAAGCUGCUUGUGCAGUGUGUAUGAUGUGCUUUCUUAAUCAUGCUCCUCAUAUAUUACCUAAUUUGAGAUUCCCUAAAAACUAACUGGGCCCAUGCAGACAGCAGGGCCUCAGCCAGAGGUGAAUGAUAAUAUGCUGGCUGUCAUGUGCAUCGACAAUGCACACUGGAGUCAUUGCUUUUCCUAGACUUUGUAGAAAUCAGUCUCAAGUGUAUGUUAUCUGCUUCAAGUGUCUGGCUCCUGCUACAUUUAUCUGUCAGGUAGUACAUAAGGUAUGCAGGGUUUAUAUCUUGUAUAGAAUCACAGUUGUGGAGAAAAAGUUAACAGUAGUCAUUUCUCAAUGAAUUUUAAAAUACAGGUGUAUUUUCUGUCCCAGUGGUUAAUCUGAAAUACAGUACUAGAAGUUACAGAAAAAGCAGCAAAAUGUUGGAGACGUAUACAAAACACAUUGUUCCCUGUGAUUCCCUCCCUCCCCCUUUCAAGGAAGGAUGCUGUGACUCCUUUUUAGUAGUAGUAAUCAUUUUCCUUUUGCCCUUGGAUUAUUUCCUCAUUUCCUUAUGCAAACCAUUUUGUUUUGGUUUUCUUUAGCCUUAUGAAGCUUUGAUGUUGUACAAGGUCAGAAACAAGAUGCCUGCUUAAUAUUUUGGGAGGUUGUUUUAAUGCCAGAAAUGGUCAAAUAAUUACACACAGUAUUCAUGGCUCUAUUAAUAACACAUACUCUAUCAGUUGCCUCUGAGAUUAAACUUGUUAGUUUUUUUUUUUUUAGAAAAGGAUAUCUGAUUAUUUGAAUAACUCAUUUCUAAAAGGUCUUUUCCAGCUCAAACAAAUGCAUUAUUUUCUACAGAAUUUAAGUAGCAAAUACAGUACUGCAUAUUCAGGGAAAGUGUGAAGAAUUGUGAUUUCAAAGUAGUUUGUUCUUUGUUUGACCUAAGAAUGACUGUUGCAUGAAGUUUUUGUUGCCACAACUUAACAGAUGUAAACAAGCAUGAUUGGAUUCCUUAAGAUGUUACCACCAAGGGGGCCACAAGCCAGCCUGCUGACUCAGGAAGCUGUAGGAAGAAUGAUUAUGUCUGUCCCUUUUCUUUCACUGGUUUACCGAUGUGUUGACGAUUAAUUGUUGCCUUACAAUGUUACUGAAAUAAACUUUUUAACAUAC